AGGCCAAAGGUCUUGGACAUCUGCGUUUUUAACCCAGGUUAUUUUGAUAGUUAAAAUAUUUUCCCUUUUAGGUACAUAUCUCGACAGCUUAUCAGUACAUCUAUAAAUGAUCAAAUGAUAAUGCGAGUGAACUUAUUGUUGAGCAAAAGUUAAUCAUUUACAAUUUUCGUUUUGUAAAAUUUCGGGAGAGGAACUGCUUUAGCUGGAAAAAUGCUCAAGGCGGCAUUGACUGUUUGCGCUUUACUCUGUGCUUCCGAUGCUUUCCCUACUGGAGAUGCUAAAAGGGACACUAACUUCGGGUCAUUUGACCCCAAUGCCCUGUACAAUCAAAUGUCGCAACAAACGCAGCAAUUUCUGAGUCAAGAUGGAACGUCGUCUGGUUCUGGCACGGCUUCCCAAACAGGUUCUAGCGGUUCAAGCUCAAGCUCUAGUAGCUCGGGGUCUGGAGGAUUCGAUCCGAAUGCACUCUAUCAGCAACAGUCUCAGCAAAUGCAACAGUACCUCAGCUCACAUCAGACAGGGUCAUCUACCGGGGGAGGGAGCUCUUCCGCAUCAGGCAGUAGUUCCAGUUCCUCUGGAAGUAGUUCUGGUUCAUCAGGAAGUAGUUCUGGUUCAUCUGGAAGUAGUUCUAGUUCCUCGGGAAGUAGUUCUGGUUCAUCUGGAAGUAGUUCCGGCUCGGCAAGCGGAAGCUUCAACCCUAACGAAAUGUACCAGCAGCAGUCUCAAAAAAAUCUUCAAAAUUUGGAUUCAACUCUGCAAAAUACCAACUCUAAAUUCGACGCAAAUACUCUUAACAAAUUUCAGGCUAGUUUAACAGAUCCAACAAGUGCUCAACUCGGCGCUAGUAACGGUGGUGGUUCGGGUUUCGAUCCCGAUCAAUAUAACACCAUGAAAUUCAAUUUGUUUAGUCCAGAACAAGGUGGCCAGUCAUCUUCAGGGGGCCAGUCUAGCGGUACUCAGUCGGGCAGUCAAACAUCUGGCGGACAAACUUCAAGUGCUCAAGGCUCACAGACAGCAAAUUAGAAAAGUGAAAGUUUUACCAAACAGACAGACCUGUAGAAAGAAAAGCAACACUUAUACCUCAGUAUAUAACAAAUCUACCUCAAGCAACCUGUAUUUUUUAAGCUAUGGAAGUGGAGAACAACAAAAACACCAAUAUCC